UCAUUAUCAGUACUGGAUGGUGAAGGCCAUGGUGCGGACGGUGGUUUUAGCUAGUUUAAUUUGUGUGAUUUUAAAAACAUCAUCUGGCAGUGCACAAUGUGGCAUAAAAGAGCCUCCACUUCGGACCCGCAUCUAUGGCGGAUGGCCGGCAAGUUCUUGGCCGUGGCAUGGUGCCGUUUUCCACCAAAGGAAUGAAUCGCCUUGGGAGUACGCUUGUGGUGCAUCGAUUAUUACGGAGAAAUUUGUGGUCACGGCACGUCACUGUACAGUUACUUUUCAUAAUGUAAUGCUUGAUGAAAGUCAAAUAACAGUUAAGGUAGGAUAUACCAAACGAGACGCUUCAGAUGGAAUGGUUCAAACGUAUCAUGUGGUUAAUGUAGUUAGACAUCAAAACUAUUCAAAAGGUCAAAAUGAUAUCGCGUUGCUGGAAAUAGGUGGAAAAUUUACGUUCACGGAACCUAACGUGCAGCCAAUUUGUGUAUGGAAUGGUGAACCAAAUUUUGAAAAAAUAGUUAAUGGUGUAGGUUAUUUGGCCGGAUUGUUCAAUGGGCAAGUAGAUGAUUUGCAAGAAAUUACGGUCCCUAUUAUAUCUUAUGAGUCAUGCAAGGCCAAUUAUUCACGUUAUCGAAAUUUCGUUCUAGACUCUUCCAAAUUUUGUGGAGGCUAUUUAAAUGGAACCAUGACGUCUAACGGGGAUAGUGGUAAUGGGUUGUACCUGAAAGUAGGAAACAUAUGGUUCCUCAGAGGAAUUCUCAGUGUUGGGAUUCCUGACGGCUACGAGUUAUUCAUGGAUGUUGCACAUUAUCAACAGUGGAUUGAAAAACACAUUCCAGAUUUCGGGAGAAUUUUCCCAGCUGUGAAUGUAACAAAUCAAUGCGGAUUUAGAAGAAUGCUUUCAAUUCACAACGAAAGCAUUCCAAUCGGUUGGCCCUGGCAUGGAGCCAUGUUCUAUCGAUCCUGGAACGGUGAGCUCAAGUAUCAAUGUGGGGUAACGAUUUUGACGGAAUUCUAUGUAGUAUCUGCAGCUCAUUGCACUUUGGACGGAUAUUUCUAUAAAUUACCAGCAAAGAGAAUUUUUGUUAAAGUAGGAUUGUCAAAGCUCAAUGCUUCGGAACACGUACAGUUGCACCAGGUAGAACAAGUUAUGCGGCACGAAUUUUAUUAUAAAAGUAAUCAUGAAGAUGACAUUGUGUUGCUACAGUUAAAAUCCAAAAUAGUGUUUGAAGAUCCUUACGUACAUCCGAUCUGCCUAUGGAAUGGUGAAAUGUGGCUGAACAGGGUCGUCAACCAAACGGGGCACAUCGCCGGUUGGGGUUAUAAUGAGAGAGGUGAAAUAUCUAACGAACUCCAGGAAGCAUCCAUGCCAAUAGUGUCCAGAAGGACAUGUCUGGAUUCUGACCCUGACCACUUUCGUUUGCUUUAUCGAGAUCCCAAGACAUUUUGCGCCGGCCACAAGAACGGAACAAAUGCUGGUGCUGGAGACAGCGGCGGAGGACUUUAUCUGAAGAUUGGCGAGCAGUGGUUUUUGAGAGGAAUUGUAAAUAAUAUCAAACGAUUCAAUUCAACGUCUAACGACUUGACAAGCUACCUAUUGCUAUUGGAUGUAGGAUUUUAUCAGUAUUGGAUUAGGGAAAAGAUACCGUCGGAUCAGUUUCCACCGCAGUAAAACGAAGUGAACAUGAAAAAUGAGUUUU